AUGAAUAUCAAUGCUCGAGCUUGGAUAUACUUAAAUCCUCCUCGCCAACGAGCUUAUCAGUUCUUAUCAGAUAACGGUGUCAUGUCGAACAUUGAAUUAUCCCGUGAUAACCGUAAUAACCUGUCAUUGGGAAUUCGUUCUGCGCCUGAGUUCAAGCCCAGGAAAGUCUCUUCAGUUCGGGAUUUCCCACCUGGGUGUGGCCCCAAUGCUAAGCCGGUGGAUUUGAAGUUCGACAGUGUUAAGCUGGGAACAUCCUAUGGGCAUAAGGAUGAAUUCCUUCAUAGAAGAGUGUCUGCUGCUUGUGAUUUUCCUCCAUUAUGCGGUCCAAAUGCUCCUCAACCUACCCAAGAAGAACAACAGAUGAUUAGUCAUGGAAAAGAUUGUGUGGAUGACAGUAAAAAAAUUGAAGUGGAAACAGAUGCAACUCAGACACCAAGGAAAAAUCUGGAAAGAGGGGCAUUGAUGGAGACGCAGAUCAUAUCUCAAACCGAAUCUGUGGAUGGAGUUGAAAAGGUUGAAGUCAGAACAGCAGCUGUCGAAACAAUUAGAGGAACAAUUGGAGAAGAUGUCAUGAAGCUGCCUUUAUCGUGGCGACACAAAGCUGUUGCCAAAAGAAGUAAAAUUGUGAGAGAUAUUUCAGGGGUGGCAUCCAUGAAGAAGAAAACAAUUCCGGGUGCAUUGACCCUCAGGGAUCAAACAAGUUAUGGUGCCCAUGAUGAAAAUCUACCCUCAAAUUCUCGUUCCAGCAACGCACCAUAUGGUUUUGAUGUUAGCAUCCCUCCCAAACAUUCCAGUCAUGAUGAUGCCUGUAAUAGAGUGAUAGAGACUCUUCGAUUGUUUCGUUCUAUUUCCAGAAAACUCUCGCAAAAUGAAGCAAAGUCCGAGAAUCAACCCAAGAGGAUUGAUCUUCACGCAGCAAAGAUUAUCAAAGAAGGAAAAAUGGAAGUUAACACAGGCAAGCAAAUUUUGGGAGAAGUGCCAGGAAUUGAAGUGGGGGAUGAGUUUCAAUACAGAGUUGAGCUUGCCAUUAUUGGCAUUCACCGCCUAUACCAGACCGGCAUAGAUUCAAUGAAGCACAAUGGAAUAUCAGUCGCAAAUAGUAUUGUCGAUGCUGGUGUUUAUGCUGGUGAUAAGCAUAAUGCUGACACCUUGUUAUACUCUGGAAAUGGGGGAAACAUUGUUGGGAAAAAUAAGCAGCCGAAAGAUCAGAAGCUCGAGAAAGGAAAUUUGGCUUUAAAGAAUAGUAUAUCAACAAAGACUCCUGUUCGUGUUGUCCGAGGAUUGAAAGAAAAAAACCCUUCAGGUAAGCUAGUCACAACCUAUGUUUAUGACGGCUUAUAUACUGUGGACAGGUAUUGGCAAGAAACUGGACCUCACGGGAAGCUAGUUUUCAUGUUUGAGUUGAGUCGAAUUCCCGGUCAACCUAAGCUUAGAAAGAAAUCAAAGAUAUAA